GACAGUGGCUGCUAAAGUCCUACUAUUUGGAGGUAAGUUUGGAGUUUACCAAUUAACAUUCGCUACUUCCCCAUUUUUUGUUGUUGCAGCUAUUAGCUAAUGUUAACUGUAUUUGUGUCAUUUGAAGGAAGAAGCUUAUCUUGAAACUUUUUUUUACUCCUUUUUAUAUCAGAUUCAUACAAAGAACUCAUCGCAAAGAAUAAUUUUUUCAUUCUGGGCAAUGAUAUAUGGGGCAAGGAGGAAAGCAGGGGUGUGCGCAUGCAAAAAAAAAUGCGGGAGACCGACAAUGAGGUGGCUAAAAAGCCUGUGCUGGCAAAGCAUGCAAAGAAGACAGCCAGACGUGUUGUGUUACCUCAGGCAUCCAAUCCAAAUCAUCUCACCAGUUCUGAUGACUCCACAUACAUAGGGAGUCCACAACGUCUUAACUUUGGCAACGACUUGGAGUUCGGUUUAUCCUCCACUCAGAAAAUGCAGCUGAUGGAUGAUAAUAGUCAUGGCGUGGCACCCCGAGUGGAUGAAAUCAUGGCAUCCCUUCGUGACCUCCCGGAAAUGAUUAAAUUAAUGAAGGAGUGUGUGGAGUGUGUCAAGGCAUUAAUGCCCUUGGCCGGGGGCACCCCUUCAUCUGCGAUGUCAUCGUCAUCUCUUUCUGUGGAAAGUGACAUUGAAAUGCACCACUUGGCUGGCAGCACAGUGACAGUUUCAAAGAGGGCCUUCCUGCGGCUAAGCCGAACUCGCAUGACCAUUUUUGCCCAGGAGCUGGCUGUCCUGGUGUUCACAAAAGAGGUCCUUGCACAGUCCACUCUGACUGGGAAGUCUGGGAAAGGGGGGGUGCCAAAAGGACAGCUGGACGUUGACAAAGUGCGGGCCAUAACAAUGCUUCGAAACUAUACGGUCAUUGGAUGAAUGCUGAGAUUAUGUCCCGCCUCGGACGCUCAGAGUCUCUGGGGGUGAAUGGAGGAGUGGGCUGGCCUGGACGCUGUGCUUCCGCGUGAUGAUUGGAGGGUCUUUUGAAAGACUGCAUCUCCUUUUGAUUGACAGUAAUUUUGUACUACAAAGUCACCGAAGCUAUUCAAGCUCAGUCCCAUCACGGAUUUUGCAACUGUAGUUGAAAGACAAACUGCAGCAACCUAUUUCUUGGUAUUUGCUUGGCGAAAUUGCAAACCAAUUUUCAUCAUACAUUUCAUACAAUUAUACACCACGUUCCUUGUUUCAGUUUAACCUAAUUUCCACAUUUCCUCCUUGAUUAAUAUUGUUUUGUUAGAUUGUUCGUUCAUUCAUUCAGUAGGCUAGGCUAGUGUCGUAGGGGUGAACUAGCCAGUGAACUAGCCAAAUAAAUAAAUAAAAUUUAGGAUGUAGGCCGAAAAUGAGCAUCCCCUCUUUGAAAGACCAGCAGCCGCCACUGAUUACAAUGUAUCACAUACUGAUAUUUUUGUCUGUCAUAAUUUAAUUACCAAUCCCUCUCUCUCUCUCUAAUAUAUAUUGUUAAAAAUCAUAGUAACAAUAAUAUAUAUAUAUAUUAAAA